AACUUUCUUUCUCAUGAGUAUGGCCUUUAGACAGAAGUCCGACGUGACGUGCGACUGACACACAAUGAUGGUGCUGCCUAAUAGAGCUAUAGUCUAUGAUGUGCUUGGCAUGCUUGCCAGUUUGAUUUAGACCUCAUACGACCACCGCCAACUAAUCAAGGUGCGAAUCUCCCAGAGCGGAGAACAGAGACAGGAGCACAGACAGGAGCACCAUAUCCGUUCCUGCAUUAGUUGAGCCUGCAUACAACCCUAUCGAGGGGCUUGGGGCCUUGCCAAUGGUUGCGAGCCCUGUCAGCGACUAUAGCAACUCUUCAUCCACGAUGAGCUCUGCAGAAGCGGAUUUCUUGUUUAUAAACAAGGAGCCCUCCUCCUUGUUUUUGUCUCGCAGCAGUGCAGUGGAGAACUCUCAGAUUCUAAUGCACAUUCAUCAGAGACGACGGAAUGGACAGAAGCCUCAGAAGUGGACCAAAUUCGCCUCACACUUGUCAGUCAAAGCGGAAACACAGAAGCAAAUAGAUCCCAACAGAACUGGUUUGUUUCGGCUCUAUCCUCGAAACAACGCCACUGACCCGUUUUACUGUACCGUGGCUGCCACUGACGCUGGAAUCCAUUCGCUUCUGGACCACGCCUUUACGCAUGCCACUAUACCUACCUUUCUGGCCGAGGCCUACGCAUCACCGGCUGUGGUCCAGCGAAGAAGUCGAAUGAGACAUGUGAGAACACUUUCGGCCCGAAAGAGACAAUGUGUCGACAAUCCGGCUCUUAUGUAUUCCACGUUGGCAUAUGGCUCGAGUUGCCUCGGUUGGGUGACCGGCCAGCUUGACAAGAAGAAAUCACCAGAAUACUUCAUGGACAGAGCUCUGGCCGAGGUCAGAAUGCAGUUCUCAGAGAUUGUGUCGAGGGCGGACACAUGGUCCCUCUUAACUGUGUACGCGCUCGCAAUCACAGAAUUAUGGAUCGGAUUACCGAACAUCUGGAGGAGAUGCCCAGAUCGGCAGGCUGCGAUCCUACAGACUGAUGUCUCUUGCGCUUUAAGGGCUUCUCGGACUCAUUUGAAAGCGCUGCUUCGUAUGAUUGAACAUGCCGGAGGUUGGAGCGCAGUCGACUCUUACAUUAGAGAGAGCGCGAUCCUGGCUGAUAAAUACCUUUCAUUUACAGAGGCGACACGUCCUCUCACGAACUAUCGAGCGUGGGAUCCCGGGCCUAUGGGAGGGUGCAUCGAGAGGACACUUGUUACUCCGCGAUUUAAAGACGAUCGGCUGGGAGAAAGUCUACUUCAAGUGUCGAUGUGCUUGGAGCUGCGUUCUGUUGUUGAGGAAGUAAUUGGCUAUGUCCAAUUCGCUGAGGAAUCCUGGUCAUCGCCCGUUCAAAUGACGGAAAUGCAGAGGGAAACCGAAUCUUGGCUUUUUUUGCGUUUACAGGCCCUGAUCUUUCGACUCCAGUGUCUUGAAAAUCUCGUGGGUAUCGAAGAGUGUAUUCGCAUAAUAAUGACAGUCUUUCUGCUCGAAACCACUCAAUACUACGGAUCAUGGUUGUGCAGUCUAAUGACUAUUCAACGUGCUCACUCUCAACUAUUAGAAAUAUACGCAGUGGCCGAUCAGGAUUUUGCUUUCUGGUUCUUCUGUACUGUGGCUAUGAGUCACGAACCCUCUCGAGAGCGAGAAUGGGGGGCUAAAAACCUAGCAGCUCUUAGAUCAAACAUGUGUCUUGAACUUUCUGAGGCCGCGUUCGCUGCCAAGAUGGAAACAUAUCUAUACAUACCUAGGAUGCAAGGGGCCCAGCUACGUGAUACUGUUAAAAGACUGAAGAAAUAGUUAUAACAAUUUCACUACCAUUACGAGUCUUGCCACACUUAGCCGUGUCAAGAAGCAUUGAGGAUUGGAUAGUCUUUAUUUCGAUUUACAAAAGGAAGUGACUGUUGAAUCUGCUAU